AUGAAGGGAGCUGUUCAGACAAAGUGUGCAAAUAUGGUCACUUCUGUCAGGUAUGUAAGGGCACCCACAGUAGAUUACACUGUCCAAACAAACAAACGGGGAACACAUCCACAACAGAAGGGGAAAAGGGUAAACUCCAAACUAAGCAGUCCACUUUUCGUGCCUCAAAACCCUUUCCAAAAUAAGAUACAUGAGAUAGUGACCCCGAUAAAGUCUGAUGAAUUACAGUGUUUACUUGCUAGGUAUGAUAAGCAUAAGGUGAAGUUUUUGGUUAAUGGUUUUACAGAGGGCUUUAAGAUUCCUUUUCAAGGUAAAGAAGAGUUUCGGUUGAAUAAAAAUUUGCCAUCAGCUGUAGCUAGAAUGGAUGUAUUAAAAGAGAAAAUUGGGAAAGAAAUUGGGACAGGUCGAGUUAAAGGUCCUUUCCAGGAACCUCCCUUUAAAAUUUUUAGAGUAUCUCCCUUGGGAUUAGUUCCAAAAGCUCAGAUAGGAGAAUUCAGGAUUAUUCAUGAUCUUUCUUCACCUGAGGGUAAUUCAGUGAAUGAUGGAAUUUGCUCCGAUUGUAAAUAUGUAAAAUAUCAAUCAGUAGAUGAUGCUUGUCAUCUUAUUCUGCAGUUUGGUAGAGGAUGUCAGCUAGCUAAAGUUGAUGUGGAGCAUGCUUAUAAGUUAAUUCCAGUACACCCAGACAAUUUUAACUUGUUCGGGUUUGCUUUAGAUGAUGGUUUUUAUUUUGAUAAAACUUUGCCUAUGGGCUUGAGCUACUCCUGUCAGUUGUUUGAAGUGUUCAGCACAUCAUUACAUGGGAUAGCAGAGAAUAAAUUGGGUAUACAAGGUUGUGUACAUAUUCUUGACGAUUUUCUAUUUGUUUCCCCUGCCCCGGCUAGGCUGUGUCAGGUUGGAUUAGAUAGGUUUAUGACAAUGGCAGAGCGGAUAGGUCUCCCAAUUAAGCAGGAGAAGACUGUUUUACCUACAACUUGCUUAGUAUUUAUGGGGUUAGAGUUGGAUACAGUGUCAAUGGAAAUUAGAUUGCCAUUAGAAAAAUGUCGGAAAAUGGUGAAAAAGUUCAUGGCAAGAAAUUGGGCGACACUUAGGGAAUUACAGUCUCUGAUAGGUCUGUUGAAUUAUGUUUGUGCAGUUAUAUUGCCAGGUCGCACAUUUUUGCGUAGGAUAACUGAUCUGACAAGAGGCAUACAACAACCAAACGAAAAGAGGGGGCUUAAUAAGGAGGCAAAGCUAGACUUAAGGGCUUGGUCAUUGUUCUUGGAUAGUUUUAAUGGGAAAGGCUUGAUUCAAGAGCCCAAGCUUCAAACGUCUGUCUCAUUGCAGAUGUAUACAGAUGCAAGUGAUGUGGGGUUUGGAGGUUUAUUUAGAACCCAUUGGUUCGCUGGGAGAUGGUCAUCAGAAUGGUUAACAAAACACAUAUCUGUUAGGGAACUUUACCCAAUUGUUAUAGCAUUAGAGCUUUGGGCCACCCAGUUAUCUAAUAAAUGGGUUCAAUUUUAUUGUGACAAUACUGAAGUAGUACAUUGCAUCAACAAACAGACGGCUAAGGACUCAGAAUUAAUGAUACUUAUUAGAAGACUAGUUGUGCAGGCAUUAAGGUUUAAUAUUCAGUUUGAGGCAGUGCAUAUCCCAGGGUUGAAUAAUGUGUUAGCUGAUAGGCUUUCUCGUUUUCAGAUAGGGGAGUUCAAAAGACUUGCUCCAGAUAUGGAUCAGCAUCCGGCAGAUAUAUCAAUAUUGGUCGAGCCUCACUGA